AGGCCAGUUUCUCCCUCCCCGGGGCCUCCUCAUGACCGCCCAUAGACAAAAGAGGCUCGUCAGGGGCGCCUUCUCCUCAGGCCAGGUACUCAGUUCCCGGCUUCUCCGUGGCCGCUUGUGACACGCGGCCGUCGGGAGCGUGGUCAAGGCGGAGCCGCCAUAGCGCCAACCCCCGUCUCCGCCCCCGCACCGCCCAGCCAGUAGAAACUCUGGCCCGCUAGUCGGCCGCAGCCCUGGCGGCGCGGCAAGUCGUGCGCCAAGGCUCUUGAGCAUCGCGGGGAUGCGGAGCAGAAGCAAUUCCGGGGUCCGCCUGGACGGGUAUGCAAGGCUGGUGCAGCAAACCAUCCUGUGUUACCAGAAUCCCGUCACAGGGCUGCUGUCAGCCAGCCAUGAGCAGAAGGAUGCCUGGGUGCGCGACAACAUCUACAGCAUCCUGGCUGUGUGGGGACUGGGCAUGGCCUACCGCAAGAAUGCCGACCGCGAUGAGGACAAGGCCAAGGCCUAUGAAUUGGAACAGAACGUGGUGAAGCUAAUGCGAGGUCUACUCCAGUGCAUGAUGAGACAGGUGGACAAAGUGGAGAAGUUCAAACACACUCAGAGUACCAAAGACAGUUUGCACGCCAAGUACAAUACCUCCACCUGCAGUACCGUGGUGGGUGAUGACCAGUGGGGCCACCUCCAGGUGGAUGCCACUUCCCUCUUCCUCCUGUUCCUGUCCCAGAUGACUGCGUCAGGCUUACGUAUUAUUUUCACCCUUGAUGAGGUGGCCUUCAUACAGAAUCUUGUUUUCUACAUAGAAGCUGCAUAUAAAGUUGCUGAUUAUGGAAUGUGGGAGCGUGGUGAUAAGACUAAUCAGGGCAUUCCAGAAUUGAAUGCAAGCUCUGUGGGAAUGGCCAAGGCAGCACUUGAGGCAAUUGAUGAACUGGACCUUUUUGGAGCCCAUGGAGGACGAAAGUCAGUAAUCCAUGUCCUGCCUGAUGAGGUUGAGCACUGCCAGUCUAUUCUGUUCUCCAUGCUGCCAAGAGCAUCGACAUCUAAAGAGAUUGAUGCUGGACUUCUUUCCAUUAUUUCUUUCCCGGCCUUUGCAGUGGAAGAUAUGAACCUUGUGAAUGUGACCAAAAAUGAAAUUAUUUCCAAGCUCCAGGGGCGUUAUGGAUGCUGUCGCUUCCUUCGAGAUGGUUAUAAGACCCCAAGAGAGGACCCAAACCGAUUGCAUUAUGACCCUGCUGAACUCAAGCUCUUUGAAAACAUUGAGUGUGAGUGGCCUGUGUUCUGGACUUAUUUCAUCAUAGAUGGAAUCUUCAAUGGUGAUGCUGUUCAGGUCCAAGAGUACCGAGAGGCCCUGGAGGGAAUAUUAAUCAGAGGCAAGGACGGGAUCCACUUGGUGCCGGAACUCUAUGCCGUCCCACCUGACAAGGUGGAUGAAGAGUACAAGAAUCCUCACACGGUGGACAGAGUUCCUCUGGGGAAGCUGCCCCAUCUCUGGGGUCAGUCCUUGUACAUCCUCAGCUCCCUGUUGGCAGAGGGAUUCCUUGCCACUGGUGAAAUUGAUCCCUUAAAUAGAAGAUUUUCUACUUCAGUCAAACCUGAUGUUGUAGUACAAGUCACUGUUUUGGCAGAAAACAGUCACAUUAAGGAGCUGUUGAGGAAACAUGGGGUAAACGUCCAGAGUAUUGCUGACAUUCAUCCAAUUCGAGUCCAGCCAGGCCGGAUUCUCAGUCACAUAUAUGCCAAGCUUGGACGAAAUAAGAAUAUGAAGCUGAGUGGGCGACCAUAUCGGCAUAUUGGUGUUCUUGGAACUUCUAAACUCUAUGUGAUUAGGAACCAAAUAUUUACUUUUACACCCCAGUUCACCGACCAGCAUCACUUCUACCUGGCCCUGGACAAUGAGAUGAUGGUGGAGAUGCUGAGGAUCGAGCUGGCCUACCUGUGCACCUGCUGGCGGAUGACAGGCAGACCCACACUCACCUUCCCCGUCACACACACCAUGCUCACAAAUGAUGGCUCAGACAUUCAUUCUGCAGUUCUUUCUACAAUUAGAAAACUAGAGGACGGAUAUUUCGGAGGAGCUAGAGUAAAAUUAGGGAACCUGUCGGAAUUCCUCACCACAUCAUUCUACACGUAUCUGACUUUCCUGGAUCCAGACUGCGAUGAGAAGUUGUUUGAUGAUGCCAGUGAAGGGAGCUUCAGCCCUGAUAGUGACUCAGAUCUGGGAGGAUAUGGGGAAGACACCUGCAAUCAAGUUAUAGAAAGCCAAGACGAACUCGACCAGUAUAUGAACCACCUUCUGCAAAGCACAUCCUUGAGGUGCUACCUGCCCCCUCUCUGUAAAAAGACAGAAGAUCUCCAUGUGUUCAGUGCCAUCCACUCCACUCGGGACAUACUUUCUGUGAUGGCCAAAGCAAAGGGUUUGGAAAUUCCAUUCGUUCCCAUGACUUUGCCAACUAAAGUUCUAAGUGUGCACCGUAAGUCAUUGAAUCUUGUUGAUUCUCCUCAGCCACUCCUAAAAAAGGCUCCUGAAAAUGACUUCCAGUGGCCCAGAGAUGACCAUGGUGAUGUGGACUGUGAGAAGCUAGUUGAACAGCUGAAAGAUUGUUCAAAUCUGCAGGACCAAGCAGACAUCCUGUACAUCCUUUAUGUAAUAAAGGGUCCCAACUGGGACACCAAUCUCUCAGGACAGCAUGGGGUCACUGUUCACAAUCUUCUCAGUGAGCUCUAUGGCAAAGCCGGCCUGAACCAAGAGUGGGGUUUGAUUCGCUACAUCUCAGGCCUGCUCAGGAAGAAGGUGGAGGUCCUUGCUGAGGCCUGUGCAGACCUGCUGUCCCACCAGAAGCAGCUCACUGUGGGGUUACCGCCUGAGCCACGGGAGAAGACUAUCUCGGCGCCUCUUCCUCCAGAGGAGCUCACAAAACUCAUCUACGAGGCCAGCGGGCAGGACAUCAGCAUCGCUGUCCUCACACAGGAGAUUGUGGUUUACCUCGCCAUGUACGUCAGGGCCCAGCCUAGCCUCUUUGUGGAGAUGCUUCGACUCCGGAUUGGGCUGAUCAUUCAGGUGAUGGCUACAGAGCUGGCAAGGAGCCUGAACUGCUCAGGAGAAGAAGCUUCUGAGAGUUUGAUGAACCUCAGCCCUUUUGAUAUGAAAAAUCUCCUACACCAUAUUCUAAGCGGAAAAGAGUUUGGUGUGGAAAGAAGUGUACGCCCUAUUCACUCCACCACAUCCAGCCCUGCCAUUUCCAUCCAUGAGGUGGGACAUACCGGAGUCACCAAAACUGAGAGGAGUGGCAUUACCAGACUGAGGAGUGAGAUGAAACAGAUGACAAGGCGAUUUAGUGCUGAUGAACAGUUCUUUUCUGUGGGCCAGGCCGCAUCCAGCAGUGUGCAUUCCUCCAAGUCUGCGAGGUCCAGCACCCCAUCCUCACCCACGGGCACAUCAUCAUCAGACUCAGGAGGAUAUCACAUUGGCUGGGGGGAGCGGCAGGGCCAGUGGCUACGCAGAAGAAGGCUGGAUGGGGCCAUCAACAGGGUCCCGGUGGGAUUCUACCAGAAGGUGUGGAAGAUCCUUCAAAAGUGCCACGGUCUCUCCAUUGAUGGUUAUGUCCUCCCAUCCUCAACGACCCAAGAGAUGACUCCACAUGAAAUCAAGUUUGCUGUCCAUGUGGAGUCAGUGCUGAACCGCGUGCCCCAGCCCGAGUACCGGCAGCUGCUGGUGGAAACCAUCAUGGUGCUGACACUACUCUCAGACACAGAGAUGGACAGCAUUGGAGGCAUCAUCCAUGUAGAUCAGAUUGUGCAGAUGGCCAAUCAGCUGUUCCUGCAGGACCAGGUAUCAAUUGGAGCCACUGAUACCCUGGAGAAAGACCAAGCCACAGGAAUUUGCCACUUCUUUUAUGACAGCGCUCCCAGUGGGGCUUAUGGGACAAUGACCUAUCUAACAAAAGCAGUGGCUUCUCACUUGCAGGAACUGCUGCCCAGUUCAGGCUGCCAGAUGCAGUAAGACUACAACUAUAAACAUGAUCACCUCUGAAUCUGUCACUUGCCUCCUAGCCUCACUGGGAAUUUUCUUCUGUCCCCCAAGAUCCCCUAUGCUGUCACAAAAGCAUGUCCCAUCAGAAACAUUCACUGGGAGGAGAUGGCAGCACUCGACCUGAAACCAAUGUAUGUUUAAACCACAGAUAGAACUGAUGAAUCCUGUGCUCCCCCAAGGAGCACCCUGGGAUCAUUUUCUAGGUUCAUUUUGCUGGAACAUUUGUCACAGCAUCUGGUCUCAUGGACUCUAAGAAGGAAUUAGAAAUUGGUCUCUUUUGAGUGCAGAGCGAACAGAGAAACCAGCUUAAAUUGGCUCUCAGAGAGUUACAGAAAUAGGUUCGAUGAGCUAGUGACACAUCUUAAAGACAGAAAGAUCCUUCCAGCAGCAAUAGCUAGACAAGCAGACCUUGACAGGGGAACAUCUUAACAGGAUGCAGUCUGUCUGGGGUCCAAAAUGUUUACCAAAUAGAACAAUUCUCUUUCUGUAGAAUUCUCACUAUCUUGUACCCUGCUUUCUUCUUAGCUGCUCUGUUAGCAUGGCUGACUUUCAUGUAACAAUUCUGUUGCCAAGAUUUAUACAAUUGCUCCCAGUUAAUUUUGGCUCACAUCAUCAAGAAUUUUAUCCUGGCUGCCCAUGAAUUUGGGGUGUCUCCUACCUUAUGAAAACUCCCACAUCUUCCAGAAUCUAGGGGGAAAAAAAAGGUGAGACUGAGUUUUUUAUAAUAGCCAAACAAAUUGCUGUUUUGGAGCCAGAGCAGGUAGGGAGUCCCCUGUCUCUCCCCUCCCAGGCUCAAGAGGAACCAUCACGUGAUGAAUGAGUCACUAGAUGCCAUGGAAAUUAAUGGUGUGUUCCCACAGAAACAUUGCUUCCCUCUUAAAAAUAGAGCCAGGCUGGGAAUUUGAACUCUUUUCAUAAAAGCAUUUGCAUCCUCACUCUUGGGUGUGGUUGGAGAUGAUGGUUGUAGAGAAAGAUGGGUUGUGACAGGGUCUAGCAAAUCUUUUGCCAGGUGUCCUUGUGAAUGGAGUUUCUCUCCAGGCAGUGUCUUCCCCUGGGGGGAAUAAACAUUAGAGAGAACAAUUUCCAUAAAUAAUACACCUUGAAAGACAGGUCAUCUGGUGGCCAAGGGGUGUCCUCUGUUUGGGUGACAGUGAUGGGUUAGAUUCAUGGUGAUGCUUCCUCUGAAAUGGAAAUGAGACUACUGGAUCUGUCUCUCAUUCCUUGAAGUGUCUGUGAAGGGGGAGAAGAGAGGAUGAUGCUGCACCUGCUUUAAGGGGCCACAGCUCUGCCUAGCACCCCUCAGAGUCAAGAUGCAGUACUGAUAGUUAUUCUUAAAGCAGAGGAAAGGUACAUGACUGCCCUCUGGCAGAGUCUUUCUUUAGGCCAAACCAGGUGUUUUAGUUGCUCCUGGGAGAGGCCAUGGUGACAAGAGCAGCCUCCCUGUGCUCAUCAGGGCUUGGUGGUGUGCAGAUGCCACUCACCAGGGACUUUACUGCCUUUGGUUCCAUUUCUUCCAAAUCACAAUACUCUCCCUGCUGAGGUAAGAGUAGUUACAUAAAGAACAAGCCCCAGAGUCUGUCAGUUCCUGCCACAACGGAUUUACACAUUCCUUGCACAGGCACAGAUCCCAGAGACUAUGUGGGCAGCUGGCCUGCAGCAGCCCAUACAUAGGCCUGGCUCGACGCCCUCUCCCCCAGGCUCCUGCACAACCCCUACACCUUCCCAUUCACUCUCCCUUUGGAGAAGGAUGAGGGUGCCAAGGUGGCAACAGGACUGGAAAGAAAAAAGCCCUAACCAGCCUGUUCGCUGCCAUUUGCCUGAAAUCCACAGGACACAACCUCCCUGGUUUCCUAUAUUUUUCAAAGACUUUUUUUUGGGGGGAGGGGUCUUUAAGACAUGCCCAACAUCAGCAUGAGUCAGAGGGUAAUGUAAUUGCCUGACUCCUUGGUGGAUCAUUUUCAAACACAUGCUAUAAGAAAAGUAGGAUGGGCUGCAGAUAGAGCUCAGUUGGUAGAGUGCUUCCCUCGCGUGCACAAGGCCCUGGGUUCAAUCCCCAGCACCACAAAAAAAAGAAAGAAAGGUACGAGGCACGAAAGUGCCUGUUGCUGCUUGGAAGAAGCUCUAGGAAGAGCUAGAAUACGCCAGACUAGCCAGGUGCCAAUUCAGAAUAAUCACCUGCCUGCCAAUGACCUGCAAAGCCACAGCUGCUAUGUUUGGGCCCCAGCGAGCUGUGGGCCUGGAGGGGAGCCAUAAUAAGUGACUUAACCAAUCCUUCGAGUCACUCUUUGAAACCUCUUUAAAUGAAGCCCUGAAAUAGGGCUGCAUUUCCACAGGCAUCAAGCUGUCAGCUUCAAAGAAGGAGAAUAGGCUUCUGAGGCUUGAUCCCUUUAGUGAGCGGCUGAGGCUACACCAAGGCAGAGCAGAUGUUUGAGGGGGAUGGGGGAUGGGCGAUGAUAUGGUACAAGUCCUGCAGCUGACACCAACCUUGCCUGGGGGGACUUGGUUUCCCCACUGCAGAGAAGCCCCAGAGCCUUAGGUCUGCACUGGCUCCUCCCCUACCCUGAGACUGUGGAGGGGGGCUUUUCCUAUCUCUCCCCUCAGUGCUGACCUGACAACUUUGACCUUUACUGAGGCUGUUGGGUUAUAGUGUUCUGUUUCAAAGGACAAGCUUGUGAAGUAAAGAACUAACAUAAGUUGAAAAGCCACUGGCUGCCCCACUGGGUGCUCUCAUCUGAGAUGAGUUCAGUAUCCCUGCACUGAUUCUGUGAUCUUGGACAAGUAAGUUAACGUUGCACCUCACUUUGCCCGUCUGCAAAAAAGUCAAGAGGCCUACGAACUGACACAGGACUAAGCAUGCUGAACUCACCUGUCUUUGGCUGUUGGAGUGACCAGAUAUGCUCUAUUGGCAACCCUAGGCUGGCCAACUGAGGAUAGGAAGCUCUGUUUGUCAUGCCCAGUGUCUCAUGGGGUGGAAAUCUCUCAGGUCAAAGGAUCUGACUCUCUUCUAAGGCAUGGUGACAGGAAGGAGAAUUGUUAGGCCUCAGCUGCCUGGAUAAAGAGGAUGCAAAUGCUUCCCUGUGUUAAAAAAAAAAAAAAAAUCAGGAGGCAAGAGAAACAGUUUGUCAGUUGAUUGAUGCCAUUUAUUUCUGGACAAGAUGACAGGAGGCUUGGCCUCUCUUGAAGUAAAUUACAGCAGAAUCAUUUCAGUUCUGUUGACUCACACAUAAGUCUAGCAAAUAGCUUUUGUCUUUUCUGCUUCCUUGUCAAAGGGUACAAAAGUCUCCCAUCUAUCCUUCCCUUUACACCAUUAUCUUUCAAGGUGACUCUUAUGCUUUUGAAGUCCCUGCCAUCUGCUCUGUACAACUCUACAUUUUGCAGGAUGUGAGAGCAUCGUGUUCCCAGAAUGCCUUCUGUUCUCCCAGACUUGGCCAUGGAAAGAUCUGCCUGUGAAGUGAAAAGACAGCAGCCCUGUCAUUCUCUUAGAGCCCAGUCCCCCA